AUGACGAUGACACACCAAAAGGAUUUGAAAAGUGUCUUUACUACAAAGGAUUUGGAUUUCAAGCCUGCUGCAAAGCUCACUAAGAAGGACUUGAAUGCAAGCGUCACCAAAGCAGAGUAUGCUGUAAGAGGCGCUAUCCCCACAAGGGCCGACGAACUAAAGGAGGAACUAAAAAGAAGCUCAAAUUCGUUACCGUUCAAUAACAUCAUAAACGCAAACAUUGGUAAUCCACAACAGCUAGACCAAAAGCCUUUGACUUUCACCAGACAAGUUUUGUCCAUCCUGGAAUAUCCAGAGAUUUUAAAAGUGGACCAUGAAAAGUUAGCUUCUUUGAAUUUGUUCGCCAAAGAUGCUCUGAAAAGAGCUCAGCGCCUACUAGACGACAUUGGUGGUUCCGUCGGAGCUUACUCGCAUUCUCAAGGUGUGCCAGGGAUAAGGCAAACGGUUGCCGAUUUCAUCACCGAGAGGGACGGCGGUGAGCCUGCUUUCCCAGAGGACAUUUAUCUGACCACAGGUGCCUCUGCUGCUGCAACCUCUCUGUUGUCUUUAUUGUGUAAGGACUCUCAAACGGGGUUACUUCUUCCAAUUCCUCAAUAUCCAUUAUACACUGCAUCCGCAUCCCUUUACAAUGCGCAAGUAUUACCAUACUAUUUGGACGAAGAAGCCGAUUGGUCCACUGAGAGUGACGAAAUUGAAAGAGUGGUGUUAGACGCUUUGAAAAAGGGCAUUAAACCAUCGGUGUUGAUUGUUAUCAACCCUGGUAACCCCACUGGCGCUGUUCUUUCUGAAAGCACCAUUGCCAAGAUCUGCUUGAUUGCUGCGAAGUACGGCAUUACAGUCAUUUCGGAUGAGGUCUAUCAAGAAAAUGUUUUUGGCGAUGUCAAAUUCCAUUCAAUGAAGAAGAUCUUAAGGAAGUUACAAAACUUAUAUCCAGGGAAAUUCGAUAACGUUCAACUGGCUUCUUUACAUUCCAUUUCCAAAGGAUUCAUGGGUGAAUGCGGUCAAAGGGGUGGUUACAUGGAAAUUGUGGGAUUUUCUCAAGAUAUAAGAGAUGCUCUUUUCAAGCUCAUGUCCAUAUCCAUUUGUUCUGUAGUUACUGGGCAAGCUGUAAUUGAUCUAAUGGUCAAGCCUCCUCAACCUGGUGACGAGUCAUAUGACCAAGACCGUCAAGAAAGGCUGAAAAUUUAUAACGAAAUGCUUACGAGAGCUAACUUAUUGUAUGAGACAUUCAAUGAAUUAGAAGGUAUUAAAUGCCAAAAGCCCCAAGGUGCAAUGUACCUUUUCCCAAAGCUUGUUUUGCCUGAAAAGGCCCUUCGUGAAAGUAAACGUCUCAACAUCGAGCCAGAUGUGCUUUAUUGCACAGCACUAUUGGAAUCUACAGGUAUUUGUACCGUCCCUGGUUCUGGGUUUGGGCAAAAAUCCGGUACUUACCACGUGCGGACAACCUUUUUGCCACCAGGAACCCAAUGGAUUCAAGACUGGAGAGGAUUUCAUCAAGAGUUUUUCGACAAAUAUCGUGAUUAA